AAUAAUUUUGACACUUGACAAUGAACACACUACAAAGCUACAGCAUGAUCCAAUAUAAUGCAAGCAAAUAGAUGAAGACACAACACACACACAUUAUGUGAAUGACAUAGUUGACUGCAUGCUUUGCAUUCAUUAAUUAAUAAUAUAAAAAUAGAUGUCCACAUUUGAUUUUUUAGGCUCUUCUCUGACCGCCAGCUCCCGCACACAAUUUAUGGACAUACCAUCCACUACCACCUUCAAUUUGGAAAUGUAAUCCCGCGCCACAAGAAAUCUGAUCAGGUCCUGCGGGAGUUCCAAGGGAAUGCAGACCUCUACUGUACAUCUUGUCAUUGCAGUCUCUAGGCACGAUCAUGAUUUCAUGCUCGGAUAUAUAUCCUAUUUCUUGACACAUGCGCAGAGCGCUAGAUGGAGCUAGAAAGUGUAAUCGUGCUUGAAAUCAUGACCGCCAAGUAGACUGCUGAUGUCAAGAUUUAUAGUCAUAAAGAGUUAUAUUUUAAUCUGUUCUCACCCAAAACUGAUUGGAUCGCUUCAGAAGACAUAUAUUAAACCACUGGAGUUUUAUGGAUUAUCUUUAUGCUGCCUUUAUGCACUUUUUGGAGCUUAAAUAUUUGGUCACCAUUAGCUUGCAUUGUAUAGACAAAAAGACAUCAUAUCUCCAUUAAAAUCUUAGUUUAUGUUUCGUGGAAGUAAGGCAGUCAUACGAGUUUGAGAUGAAAAAAGUGAGUAAAUGGUGAGAGAAUGAUCAUGUUUGUGUGAACUGUUCCUUUAAACCUGGCUGGUCACUUCUACUGGCUAGCUAAAAGCAUUAUCGAUUAAACAACUAUGAUAACGAUCAGAUUGGAGAUUAAAAUUCUACACAUUUUUGCCCCGUUUUAUAUAAACACUAAAAACAGAGAUUAAAAUUAUCUGCCAUGUGAAUUUUUACUUUUGCUACUGUCAAAUGAGCUUUAGGUGAUAUCCUCCAAGGUUUUUUGAAUUUUGGCGCAAUGUUUUUCUCUAAACAGUAUUGAUAUGGCAACUAGUAAACAAAUUAAGUUUCGUCUGUGUGAAACUUUUAAACCAUGUGUGUUACAACCAACUAGCCCAGCUAGAGUUGCCACCCGUCCAGUAAAAUACGGUAUCGUCCCGUAUUUAAAGAUAAAAUGAUGCGUCCCGUAUUAAAUCAAUACUGUAAAUCAAUUGCCCCGUAUUUAAGCUUAUCAGAUAGCGUCACGGUGAAAUCGUUCCAGAUCGCCAAUUUAACACUGAUAUAAUUUGGAAAAUGUGCCUACGGUGGGUAAGGGACCAUCUGAAAAGUCCACAUAUCGUGCUAAAACGUGCUAAUACGGGUGUGGUAAGGGACCGUCUAAAAAGUCCACAAACGGUGGUAAAACGGUGGAGUUUUUUCUAUAUAAAUGUUCAAUAAGAUCAAACAAUGUAUGAAUACAAUCAUAAAGACAAGUACAGGUGAAGGAAAAUAAAUAAAUAAAUAUGAUAAAAAAUAAAUAAAUUAAAAAAUAUGUAUAAACCAUCCAAAAUGUAUACAUAAAUAAGAUAAAGAAGACAAAUAGUCGAAAAAAUAAAUAAAUAUAUUUUUAACAUAUAAAUGAUGUAUUUUAUUUUUAUAAGUAAAGUUCUCAUUUUAGCAUAUAAGAAAGAAUAUACAAUUGUUAUUAAUAAUACAUAUUAACUCAACGCAUUUAUUGCUAAAACUGUGGUGUUUAAGUGUCCCUUAUUUUAAACAUUUAAAAGUGGCAAGCCCAGCUCUCCUCCCCUGUUGGACAUUGUUAGCAGAGAAAUUAAAUAAACUAUGACUGUAAAAAAUAUGAUAAUAAUAAUUAAAAAAAAUGUAAAUAAUAAUUAACCAGACUUCACUUUCUAGACGUCUACGGGGUGAAGAAACACCCAUAAAUAACAGUAUCAAAUCAGGUUGUUGAGUAAUGUCAAUUUUUCACCAUCUCUCCAACAGUACACGCAAUAUAACACAAAAAGGCGGAGAUGUCACUCAUCCGUACACAUAAAGGUGGGCGGACUAGGGUGUCCCCCCCACCCCUGCUGCAAAUGGCAAAGCACCGACACAUGACCCGAAAUCACUAAAAUCACUCGUUCAUCCCGCGGCGGGGAGCAGACUCCGAAUCAGCCCGUAUCGCGCAGGAGAUGACGGAUCGUGUCUCCGCAGCUCACGCACGGUCCGCGGUGCGACGAGCAACAGCGUGAAUAACGUCACGACGAAACUUCAGAACGCAGAGGGAAUUUUUUACUCGUUCAUUCGCUUUCUCUCUGCGCUCUCUUCAAUGUCACCAUGCGCAGCAUCUCAUCCUGCGGUCCACUGCUGUCAGUCUACUACCCCCAGAUCUUCCUCAUCCUCACCAGCGGCAGCUACCUGGCUUUGUCUUCGGUCGUGGCUUUGGGUGCGAACAUCAUCUGCAACAAGAUCCCUGGCCUGGCCCCCCGACAGCGUGCCAUCUGCCAGAGCCGCCCAGAUGCCAUCAUCAUCAUCGGGGAGGGCGCUCAGCUGGGCAUCAACGAGUGCCAGUAUCAGUUUCGCUACGGACGCUGGAACUGCUCUGCCCUUGGCGAGAGGACCGUCUUUGGGCAAGAGCUGAGAGUAGGUAGCAAGGAGGCUGCAUUUACCUAUGCCAUCACUGCAGCAGGUGUUGCCCACGCUGUGACAGCAGCCUGUAGUCAGGGCAAUCUGAGCCACUGCGGCUGUGACAGAGAAAAGCAGGGCUACCAUGACCAGGAUCUGGGCUGGAAAUGGGGUGGCUGCUCAGCAGACAUCAAGUAUGGCAUGGAGUUCUCCAGACGCUUCGUGGAUGCCCGAGAGAUUAAAAAAAAUGCAAGGAGACUAAUGAACCUGCACAACAACGAAGCAGGCAGAAAGGUUCUAGAAGAAAGGAUGAAGCUGGAAUGUAAAUGUCACGGUGUCUCCGGCUCAUGCACCACAAAGACAUGCUGGACAACUCUGCCGAAAUUCAGAGAGAUAGGCUAUGUGCUGAAGGAGCGUUACACCGCUGCGGUUGAAGUGGAGGCCGUGCGGGCUACACGUUUUCGCCAGCCCUCCUUUCUGCGUCUCAAGCAGUCCCGUGGAUACAUAAAGCCCACCGACACAGACUUGGUCUACUUGGAGCGGUCGCCCAACUACUGCGAGGAAGACACUGCGACAGGGAGCGCAGGAACAAGAGGGCGUUUCUGCAACCACACGUCCCCACACACGGACGGUUGCAACCUCAUGUGCUGCGGCCGGGGUCACAACACUCAUCAGUACACAAGGGUGUGGCAAUGCAACUGCAAGUUCCAGUGGUGCUGCUUCGUCAAAUGCAACACCUGCAGUGAAAAGACAGAGGUGUUCACGUGUAAAUGAGGAAGAUGACAAGUUGAAAUUAAAAGAUAGAAAGGCAUGAAGCCAAUGGGGAGAGACUAAGAAGUGUUGAAUGGUGUUGAAUCUCAUUCGACAUGGCUUUGUUUUGCACAUCAGGCAGUCUUCAUUCGAGAAUGGUAGGAGGGUGUUGCCAAGGGAGACGGGUAUAAAUAAUGAAGAUGCCGGAACUUUAUAGAGGCAAGUGCACUGACCUCUUAGUAUGUGAUUUCAAGCAAAUAUACGGACACUACUAGUGCAAGGCUUGCAUAGUCCCUAGAAUCUCAAAGACUUAAGGAGGGUCAGUUAAGGCCUUGACACUGACUCAAACUCCUAUUGGACAGAUUUAACUGACAAUGUGAAUUUUUUGAGUUUAGAGACAGCUGCUUACAAAGACACAUAAAAAGUUGUUGCAAAAUGUCCCACCAGCUGAACCCCUAUGGGUGUUCAAGAGGAAAGACAUGGUGAAACUCUGGAAAUGCUGGAAAGUUGAAAAUGUUUGGUCACACUGUAUCUAUUUGAACACUGAAAAGGACAGGCUUUUUUCUUCACUUAAAAGAAAAAAAGGCCUGAACACUUUCCAUACAUGUAAUGGUAUAAAGAGGAGCGACAGAGCACAAUCUCUUUAUAACUUCUAAUGUCAUUGCUACUGAUGUGUUGCUUCCAAAUUUUCGACCCAAAACAAUACAGCAUAUUGCAUAUGCAAAACAAGUGCUUCUUUUCCAAUACAUUCUUUUGCAGUUUCUCGUUAGAAAAGUGGUCUGCAAAAUUCUCAAAAGUAAAUCAAGUGAGAAACCAUCAUUUUUGGUGAAUAUGUUGUCAAUUGCUGCACUGAUGGUUGGGGUGUGUACUGUUGUGUGCUGUCUGCUUUAUAGAGACACAAAGUUUGUGGUCUUAAGUUUUCUUAGUCAUAUCCAGACUUAGCCAUGGUAUGCUGCAUUGUUUUGUCUAUAACAUUGUUUUGUGUUUGAGAGAGUCUAAAUAUGUGACCAACCACAGUUUGGAGUGACCAAACCAUGCACAUUGCAUUCCCGUGAAUGCCACAGACAUGGGAUUCCACAUCACCGGUCCAGCAUGCAUCAAGUUAUAUUUCACCGGAGCCGAUGGAAUUCACUUAACCAUACAACUGGGGUUUGGAAUGGUAGAAGAAUAUUGGAGCUAUUAGCUACUUUUUAUCUAAAUUGUUUAUACAAGCUAUAUGGUGGACAGAUUUGUUAAAGUAUAUUUUUAUAUGUAGAGAUUAUGGCACUUUAUGUCAAGUAUAUUCAGAAAGAACAGAGUAAUUACUGAUAUUAUUUUCCUUGUUAUUAUUGUCUUAGAGUUUAAUCAUAGAGCUACAAAUUGUGUUCCAUCUUUGUCCCAAUUUAAUGAGGUUCAAUUUGUUUUUAUGUUGUUGUUGUUUUG